AUACAGGACCGCUGCACUCGUACAUGCAGUGAGGGGGGCUCCAUACAGCUGCAGCCCCUCCCGUGCCCACCAUCACCUCCUAUGCUCGGGUGAGUGGUGCUGAUGGCAGGAGGAGGGCUCUGGCACUGUAAGAGUGUGGGGCGGCUGUGCGGGGGUGUCAGAGGGGGCUCAUCACCUGCCUCUAUCCCCGGGGAAGUUGUGUCAGUCUACCUGGGACCUCCCCCCGCUCUCCAUCCAAGUUGUGUCGGCGCGAUGAUCCGGUGACAUUGAGAGCGGUGGCGCUGGGUGCACGGCUCUGGAUGUGUACAUGUGCGGCGGGGGACACACGUGUGCUGAUGAGGACAUAUAAGAAGAGGAGCCCUCAUGUGUGCGGCCGGGGGAGAUCCCUCAGUGAGCGCCAGGCUCCCGCCAUGCUCUAGUGACCUGUGGAGUCCCAGCAGCAGCAGCGCCUCACACUAUACAGCAGCCGCUAUGCAGGACCUGGGCUCGUAGACUUGUGACAUGGCAAGUACCGGAGCUCCGGAGCCGCUCCUGCUGUAGAGCCGCUGUGUGCCUGCGGUGGGGGCGCGCUCGUCUCCAUACAUCUGCGGCUCGCUAGUUUCUGGGAGACCCCCCCCCCCCCCUCCCAGCAUUGGGAUAUCCCGUGGGGUCGGGGACUCUGAUACAAGGGGCUACCUGGGAGGUGGCUGCAGGGGGGAGCUAUGGCUGCGGCUAUAGCCAGCUCCCUGAUCCGGCAGAAGAGGCAGGCACGGGAGUCCAACAGUGACCGGGUGUGCACGUCCAAGCGCCGCACCAGCCCCAGCAAGGACGGCCGCUCACUGUGCGAGAGACAUGUAUUGGGGGUGUUCAGUAAAGUGCGGUUCUGCAGCGGCAGGAAGAGGCCCGUCAGGAGAAAAACAGAACCCCAGCUGAAAGGAAUUGUGACAAGGUUAUUCAGCCAGCAGGGAUACUUCCUGCAGAUGCACCCAGAUGGCAGCAUUGAUGGCACUAAGGACGAAAACAGCGACUACACCCUCUUCAAUCUAAUUCCUGUGGGUCUCCGAGUGGUUGCAAUGCAAGGAGUUAAAGCAGGACUCUACGUGGCAAUGAAUGGCGAAGGAUUUCUCUACAGCUCAGAAAUUUUUACCCCAGAAUGCAAAUUUAAGGAGUCUGUGUUUGAAAAUUACUACGUCAUCUAUUCCUCGACACUCUAUCGGCAGCAGGAAUCUGGCCGUCAGUGGUUCUUAGGACUCAGUAAAGAAGGACAAAUUAUGAAAGGGAACCGAGUGAAAAAGACCAAAGCGUCAUCACAUUUUGUACCAAAACCUAUAGAAGUGUGCAUGUACAGAGAGCCAUCACUGCAUGAAAUUGGAGAGAAGCAAGGACGUUCAAGAAAAAGUUCAGGGACACCAACCAUGAAUGGUGGAAAAGUUGUUAAUCAAGAAUCGACAUAGCCAAAAUCUUGCCCUGUCCUGAGAGUGAACCCUCCGGAAAAUCUGAAAUGAUACAUGUAAACUUGACACAUAAGGUUCCGCUGACUACUUUUUUGAAGUCAAGUUUUCUUCUUUGGAUAGAACAAAGAAAUGGAAAUUGAAUUUCCUGUGCAAUGUUUUAAACCAACCAGAAAAAAAAAAUCGGAAGAAAACUCCAUGAAUCUGGACUCAUUCAUAUUUUCUGCGAAGUUUGCUGUGUGAUCGAAUACGUUCCCACCUCUGCAUAAAAAUAUACAAUAAAGAUGUUACCUUUAAAAGAAAACUAAAGUUCUGGAUAAAUAAACCUUUAAAAAAAAAAAAAAAAA